AUGUUCUCUGGAGCAGUUCCCCCAAACCUGACCGUCCCCCGGGGCAAGUCUCCCCUGGUGGCUCGUGAGGGGGACACGGUGGAGCUGGAGUGCCUAGUUUCAGGGAAGCCCAAGCCCAUCAUCCUCUGGUCGCGCUCGGACAAGGAGGCGCCGAUGCCGGACGGGAGCAUGCAGAUGGAGACGUACGACGGCUCGCUGCGCAUUGUGAACGUGACGCGCGACAUGACGGGCUCGUACCGCUGCCAGACCAGCCAGUUCAACGGCUUCAACGUCAAGCCGCGGGAGGCCGAGGUGGAGCUCAUCGUGCAGUGUUGA